AUGGCGGGGGCACCCCCGAGCCGCCUGCCCCGCGCUGAGGCGUCCACCGUGUUCCCGCGCAGGGGCCGCGGGUGCUCCCGCUCGCCCCCAGGCGUCGGCGGGAAGAAGGGGUCGGAGGAGAAGUGCCCGCUGUGCCGCGGCCGGGGCGUGCAGGCGCACGUGCAGCAGAUCGGGCCCGGCGUGGUGCAGCAGAUCCAGACCGUGUGCCUGGAGUGCAAGGGCCGCGGCGAGCGCAUCAGCCCCAAGGACCGCUGCGAGGGCUGCGGGGGCGCCAGGGUGACCCGUGAGAAGAAGCUCAUCGAGGUGCACGUGGAGAGAGGGAUGAAGGACGGGCAGAAGAUUGUGUUUCACGGAGAAGGCGACCAGGAGCCCGAGCUGGAGCCGGGCGAUGUGAUAAUUGUGCUUGAUCAGAAGGACCAUAGUGUCUUUCAGAGGCGAGGCCACGACCUGAUCACGAAAAUGAGAGUCCAGCUUUCUGAAGCCCUCUGUGGCUUUAAGAGGACGAUAAAGACGCUGGAUGACCGGACCCUCGUCAUCACGUCCCGGCCAGGUGAGCCCCGCUCCUCACCCCCCCCACGCUACCGCCGAACCCCGGUGAGCUGCAAGGGCGUUAGAGACGUGUCUUAUUUAUGCCUACAAGAGCUGGGGUGCAGGGCAGAGGUCAGGGGUGAGUGUGCCGGGAGGGGGCAGACCACUCCGCAGAGACAGAGGGGAGCAGAACAGGUGGGUCCGCUGAGACCCCCCGCCGAGGGGGCAGCCGGGAGACGGGGGUCAGCACGCCCAUGGGUCACUCCCUGAGACUGACCCCGGCACCCCCAGAGGCCCCAAAGACUUGCUAAGAGCAUGUGAACCUGAAAAAAACUUAUGUGGACAUUUAUUACACGCCGGUGAAAUACAAAUUAAUCUCAACAGUGCUUUCCGCUGGCAGAAAACAUCACACACCCUAACACGUACACAGGAGACACACAGACGCACGGACAGAGACACGGACACUCAGGGACAGUCAGGCACACCGACAGGCGCACAGACGAUGCAGACUUCCCCGCCCGUCACAGGCCGGUUACGCCCUCAGGCCGCCAGUCGCGCCCAUGUCGUGAGGGGCACUGGGACACUGGAGUCUUGUGACCCGCGCGUUGGCAAGUGGCGCUUUCCCUUCUGAGGAGAAACUUCUCCCGGAAAUCUGUUUUUAGCACAGAAUUUUGGGUCCUGGAAAAGCCACGGCGGGAGCCUGACCCGAGCUGCUGGGCGCCGAGCGUGAGGGCCGGCUGGGCCUCUGGCCCUCGGCUGGGAGGCCACCCCGUCCCUGGGGUCCCCGCCCGGGGCGAAGCGGGUGCUUCGCUCCCGAGCUGUGGGGUCUAACGCGGGACCCUAAGAUCUGCAUGAAGCGUCCCACAGAGGUGCCUGUCAGCACUCAGGUCCCUGGCAAGACGGUCACGGCCGGGCAGGCCUGCGGGAGGCCCCCCCCACCUGCCCUACUGCACCUGAGUGGCCGACCGGCCUGUGCCCAGACUCCCGGCCCAGCAGGGCCUCUGUCCGGGGCAGCGGCCUCCCUGGGAAGCCUCCGCGGACCUCCUGGGCCUGUCAGGACGGAGCCCUGCCCAGGAGCCCGUCACGCCAGCACUGGGGGAGGCAGGGCCGGGCCACCGGCUGGCCAGCGCGUCCCGUCACGGGGUGGGGUCCUCUCGGCAGCCCCAGGGAGGCGCCGGGUUUAGGCCGGGGGGCGCUUGGGGACGCAGCGCCCGCGGUGCCGUCAGUCGAGCUGACAGCCGGACACGGUGCACACCCGGGGCGGGCGGUCGCCCCCGAGAAACCUCA